UCUCACACCGAGUCGCCAUAUGCUCUCUCUCCCGUCUUGGAGGAGCGAAGAGGAGGCUGUGAGAUAAUAGUUUACAGGAGGGGGUGUUGGUGUUGGAGAGAGAGACGGGAUAUAGGACGAGCAUCACACAGAGGUUUGGCUGCAGACUCGCCAGGAUCCCUUUCGCCGCCUCUCCCUCUCAGAGAGUUGUUUGACAUUACAACAGAAAAAGAGGAAAUCGAGGACCACUGGGACAAGACGCCUUCAGGUUCGGUUGUUAGAUAGUCAGUGUUCUUUGGCUUUGAGAGCAGCGACUCUAUCAGGCAGAAGAAACCAUGGAUUUUGUAAUGAAGCAAGCUUUGGGUGGGGCCACCAAGGACAUGGGUAAGAUGCUCGGUGGGGAGGAGGAGAAAGAUCCGGAUGCAGCUAAGAAGGAAGAGGAGCGACAAGAGGCGCUAAGGCAACAGGAGGAGGAGAGGAAGGCCAAACAUGCUCGCAUGGAGGCAGAAAGGGAAAAAGUACGGCAGACCAUCAGGGACAAGUACGGCUUAAAAAAGAAGGAAGAAAAAGAGGCGGAGGAGAAAGCAGCCAUGGAGCAGGCCUGUGAGGGUUCGCUGACACGCCCAAAGAAGGCAAUCCCAAGAGGCUGUGGAGACGAUGAAGAGGAUGAGGAGAGCAUCCUUGACACAGUCCUCAAGUAUCUGCCUGGACCUCUGCAGGACAUGUUCAAGAAGUAAAUGAAAAAACAAGGAGAAUCAAACGAACCCUGAGUUCAGGGUCCGUUCCGGCCUGGGUCAGGCUGCAGGGCAAAUGGGGAAGCAGGGAUCUUUGUGUCGGGAACCUUUAGUAUAGACUCAGAUGGUUUGAUUCUAGAUGUUUGGGUUGCAGAAUUUGUUGGGAGCAAAAUAGAUCUGGGAGGGGGGGAUUCUCAAAGUUUUAGAGGCUACACACUGCCUUUGUAGAGACAUUUUAUUCUUUUCUACUCCUUAACGCCUGCGUUGAUUGGAUUUUGGUUUCGCUGCAUCAUAUUUUAAACUGCCAGGGAGUGCAUGUUUUUAUUUUUAUUUUAUUUUUUACAUUGAUUUAGACUGAAGUGUUUGCCACAUUCCGAUAAUGGAGGACAACAUUCCGCAUUACACCUUUUCAAAGAGCUAUGUCACCAUGUUUUCGAGCAAACUUCAGUCAUUAUAGAGAAUGUUUCCUACAUCUGCAAACCCGAACGUCUUAUUUCAAUGACAUUUACUACAUUAGAAAAGUAUUUAGGACAUGUGCCUUCAUAUUGUCUCCUAAAGCAGUGGAAGUAGUAAGUGAGGGUUUCAUUUUUGAGUUAAGUAUUGCUGUUCAAGGACGGUCUUGAAAUGAUCUAUUUUGUUUUACAAUAGCACUAUUUUUCACACAGAAGCGUUCAGGAAGACCAGGAAAAUAGACUGUUUUGUUUUACAAACACAUUCCCAACAGCUAUUUAGACUGCCACAGAGUUUACAAAACUACUAAAUUCUACAUCUUAAGCAGCCUGAAAACUAGGGCAUUCGACCAGGAGAUAUUAAGAUGUUUAAGCAGAUGUUCUGCAACCCUUUUAGUAAUUUUGUUUUGGUUUAUAUAUGAAAAGAAAUAAAAACAAAGUUAUUAUGAUUUUAGCAGUCUGAUCCAGUUAGACAAUCAAACAGUCCACCACUGGCUAAAAAUAAAUUAUCUAAUUCAAAUUGCUAAUUCAUAGUUUAUAAUUUUUUCAUCCUGACAUUUUAAUACAUAUAGAAUAUAGGUAUCAGGUAAUCCUCUGGGAUAAUGUUUCUUAUGUUAAUGUUAAAAAAAGAAAUUAUUUCAUCGCAAUCUGAGUUUUUCUUUUUUUUUUUUUUUACUUGACUGCAUCUCCUUGACAUUAAGACCAAAGAAAUCCUGGUGAGAUACCUCUAUUUCUUUAGGCACCACCAGUUUGCGUACAGCAACUAACUUUUCUUGGCUUGCUGGUGAAAAAUCUGCUGUACUGCAUAGAAAAUAAAAGUUUAGGCCAAGUUGGAGGAGGACGGGUGUGUGAGCUGUCACUGCCUAAAGAACUAUUACUACUUUACAUUCCUGAAUCUCUUAGUCCAUAGAGAUAUUAUAAUAAUGUAUUUGAGUAGAUGUAAUGUAAUCUGCAACAAUCUCUAUUUAGUAAAAGUAACUGAAUAUGUGUACAUUCAUAGGGGAAACAAAUCAUGUCAGUCAUUUCUAAACAAGUUGUGGGGAUGUGGAAGUAGAAAAUUGCUCCACAAUUUAAUAAUGUCAGAGAUCACUAGGACUAAUGAUGAAGCUGCACACUAUAAAACCAGUUUCUUAAUUUUCUCAUUUUCUAGUUCAGAUAGGACUUUUCACUAGAAAAAGCCAUAUUCUUUAGACUGCAAUAACUAAAAAUGAUUUAAAAAGUAUCAGUAUAACAUUGAAGCUUUCUAAUUUUUAUUUUCUGUUGUAAAAUUAGACAUAAGGUAUUUCCAUACUUUGUAAAUCUCCAUUACUUCACUACCUUGUAUACUAAACAUAAACAACAGAAAAAAAGUAUAUAGAAAAAGAGAAUCCAUUGUCAGAAGUGUCUCUGUGUUAAAUGUGAAUUGUAAGUGUGUUUGGUUUAUGUAUGUGUGUCUUUAUACAUGUCUGUGAUGCGAGACCAUGUUGUUGAUUCACGUAGUCUUUGUUUAAACUGUAAAGGUGUCUUUGAGCUAAAAUGUGCACAGGAAGAAGCUGAUGUGGUCUUCAAGUUGUGCCAUGUAAAAAGGAAAAAAAAGAUUCUCAACACAUUCCUUUUAUAUAUUGAGCAUGCAAGUGUUUGGUAGAGAUAAGAAUACACCAAAUGUCAGACACAAACACGUGUGUAUUCAAUCUUGAGUUGCUGUUUCUGUAAAAGUCUCCAGGCAACAGAAUCUGCACGGAUACAGAAAAAUCUGUUUUAUCUUGGGCUCGAGGAAUCUUUCAUGUACUUUGCUGUUUGAGUAAAUGAGUAGAGACUUCAUGGUUAGUUUUUCUUGGAUGGUAGGUCACUCUAAGGAUGGGGGAAGAGGGAAACAAUUUAUGUAGUUUCAGGAAAAUACUGCCUGUGUUUCUUAUUUUGUUUUUCUUUUGGUAAGAAAAUAUAUUUAAAAAAAAAUACAUUUCUAGUACUAAACUGGUUGCUUAAGCACCAAUUUUCUACAUUUACACUGCCACAAGUUUGACUCAUGGACCUGAUAGACUGCUAUCCAUGGCUUCAAGCACUGAGCCUAAUAAAAUAAUGGAAACCAACAAGUUCCUAUUUAAAAAGCACCAUUUUCGGAUUUUGGGACCAAAACAUUAAAUUAUUACUAACAAUAUAAAAUAGCAUAAGAAUAACAUGAACUUACUGUCUUCAUCUUCCAGCCAUUAUUGGCCUACAAUUAUUUAUACCGCUCGCAGAUUUAAAUUUGUUAUUAUUUAUACCUGACCAAGAAGUUUGUUUCAAAUAAGAAAAGACAAACAAUUCUUUAAAGAUAACAGAACAAUGUAAAAAGAAUACAAUUGUAUGCAAAUGUUUUAUAUCUAUAUAAAUAUAAUUAACUAAAAGAUGCAGUUGUGAGAUUAUUUUCACCAAAUUAUUGCAAUUCCAAAAGUCAAAUCAUGCUUACAACUGCUGACCUGCUGUUUGCAUGUUUCCACUGGUGUUUUAAUGAUUUGUCUUUGAGAUUCAAGCCUCCUUGCCAUCACCCUGAUCUAUUGUUCACGCCACAGAUUCUCAGAAUCAAGUCAGGACUCUGGUUUGGCCUCUCUAAAAAUGCUAUACAAUGUGAUUUUAAACUUAAAUCUGCUAGGUUUAUGAAUAAUUUUGUGCUUAACUGGAUUUGGAGCUGCGGUAACAGCUAAACGUACCAUUAGCUAGUAAUGUUAGCGCAUCUUUUGAAAAAGGAACGAUUUUUGUGGUUAAACUUCAGGUUACAUUAAACUCAAAGCACUGCAAAUCUGCAAUAUUCUAAUAUAUUCUACUGAAACAUUUCGGAAAUAGCCACAGCCGUAGUUAUCAGCAGUGUGGGGAAUGAACCCUGAAAGCUGUCACUCACAAAUACUUCUAGAAAGGAUUAUACACUGAUACACAGUGCUAAUCUAUAAAAUAAAACUCACUUUCAUAUCUUGCAUGCCCAACCUUUCUUGCCGCACAAACAGUGUCAGACCCUUUGAGUCAUUUAAGUCAGUCCUGCAUAUUCCCAUUAAUACAAAUGGCACUAACCAUAGAAGAAGCAACACAGGGGUAGUCUUUCACAGGCAUGGUGUAAGUACAGAGCAAUAUAACCACAGUGGAAAUAUUCAUUGCAAAGUGUUAUAUUCACAUCAGACAAUGCCUAAAAGCAACACUUGUGUGGUCAAACAGUGUAGAAUUAUAUGAAAAUACACUUCCUUUAGGUUGGUGUUAUGCUACCAGUUGUUGAAUGCAUGCAGCCUUUUCUCAGCCAGCCACUUUAGGGAAUGUCGGGCACUAGAUGUUAGCAUAUUCAAGGGAGCUCUUUGUAUCUCCAGACCACAAGCAGCUUUGAAAAAAGAUCAUAAAAUCAUAAUAUUUUGGCUUCUGUCUGAAGAUUCCAGGGCUGCUCUGUACUAAGUGUGAUGCCCUCAAAAACAGUUAAAUUGUGUCAAUUAUCAAACUCAAAUCAAUGGAAUAACAAAGUGCAAGUAAAGUUACAAACUUUUCUACUUAGUUGCAAGUCUGUAAAACCAGCGUUCAGAAAGGUUUAGCAGUAGAUUAACAGGCUUCUAGAUGGUUCUGCCAUCUGUAUUACACAAUGGGAUAGGGUUAGGGUUUUCUAUAGAUAUUUCGGGUUUGUUGUGUAAAUGCAAAAUUGUCAGUUUGAAGAUUUACACAAGCAUUGCUUAUUUGUUAUGAAAUUCAAAAAGAAAUCAAGUUUAAACAUUUUUUUUGUUUUGGUCAUGAAAAUAGUUUUUACAAAUGAUCUAAUGCAGACAACUUAGGUAGUUUUACCAAUUCUAAAGGACUUAGCUUUAGCACCUUUUAAAUGGAAAUGUUAAAGUGCACAUAUGUUGUCAUAAUUAUCCUGGUAAACUGGCUCAAAGACAGAAUUGCCAACUCCUAAGCCCUGUAGUUAUACAGAUGAUGAGACCACAAUGUUAUUUUGAGCCAACCAACAUCUAGUAAAGAGACAAAAUUAGGAUGUGUGAGUAAAAAGUUUUCUUUUGAUACAUUUUAUAUAGCGGUAGAGUUUAUCUUUGUUUUUAUAACCGCAAACACUGUUUUAUCCAAAUUCUCAUGUCUCCUUUGGUAAGACAACCCAUUAAGAAAAUAUUUAUAUUUUAGCACAGCCAAGUAACUUAAAAAUAUAAAUUGAACAACAGAUAUAUUGACAUGAAAUUAACAUCAUAUUUUGGUAACAACCCCAGAAGUAUACAUACAGAAUAUAGUCCAAAGUAAUUCCUCUGUAGAGCGAGAAUGGGCAAUCAUAUGUGUUAAAUAGAUAAACAUACUUAAAAUUGAUUGAUACUUAAGCCUUUGUUGGUAGAGAAAGAUUUAAGACAUUGCCUGGAUAAGAAAGAAAUUCCCAUACAAGCUUUCGUCAAAUCUUACAUUUCUUGGGGGUCUCUUCGAUGUCCCUCCAUCUUCUGGACUUUUCAAAAAUUUUCUAUUGGAUUCAGGACUGGACCAUGCUGCAACAGGUUUUUUUUUUUUUUUUUUUUUGGGAUCAAUAGUGUAUAGAAAAAUCCAGCCUUGUUGUAUUUUCAAAUUCUUAUCAAAGAAUGUCCUGGUAUAUUUCUUCUAACUGUGGAGAUAUGAAGUCUGACAGAACCGUGUGCAGAAAGAAAUUCCCACAGUAUAAAGUACUGCUUUUCUGGUGUUUCAUAACCUUCCUCCUUCACAUGAUGUGUGUAACAACAAUAUUCAAAUAGUGAAUUUGUAAUCCAGUCUGGCGAGAAUACUCUGUGCCAUGUUUUUACAAAUGUUUCCUUGUAAACUUUAAACAAGAUUGAGCAUAUUUCCAUUUAACAGUUAACUUGUGUAUAUUCAGUUUACACAAAGGCCAUUGAAAACAAUUCCUGAUAUUGAUCUGUCUAAAUCUCUCUUCUGAACAGUCAUUGGUGCUUUUUAUCAUUCGUUUCUUUCCCUGUUAGAAGUCUUGCAAGGAAUACUUUUGAUGAAAUGAGGAUGUUUCCUUUUACUUCCGUAUUUUGGCUGCGUUGGUGCUCACUGGAAGAAAUAGAUCUUAAGUCACUGUUAUCUCUUUUACAUUAAGGUAGAGAAAGUCCUCAGAAUGUAAUUUUCUUUUAUUCUUAAUACAAUAUAUUUGUCAUGAAUAACAUUUAUAUGGGCCAAUAGUUUGGAUUGAAUCAGAUAAUGGAUCAUUUGCAUUGAUAGGGGAAUAUAUAUUUCAUCCCACUUAAGCAGGCUUGUUACUAAAAUCGGGUGUAAAUACCUUGUCAACAGACACAUUACACCUAUAUUUACUAUAUAUACCAAUAAAAUGGGCACUGUGGGAGUCUGGGCUUAAUUAAACUAUCAUUAAUAAUAAAACUCUCCUUUUCUCUCUUUCUCACAAAAUUUCUUUUCCCUUUAAUUCUUUUUACUGGUAGGCCAGAUGGUGAUCCCCUGAUAUUAUCACAUUCAAACAAGCCCCCUUACAAUAGAAAACCUUUAAAAAGCAUAAGAACGGAAGCUGGGAUUAAAAGAGACUCUGAACUACUGUUUUAUCAUUGGCCCUUUGUGGAAAUAACAGCCAUACAUUGCCUGUAUGUAAACCAGUCUCUUGUUGGGACUCAUCUAAAGGCGUCACUGCAUGUGAACUGCCUUUGACAAGGGCUAUUAUCACAUCAUGUUUAUCUAAGGUUAGUGCUGCUUUUCUGUUGCAUGUUUACUUGUCCCAAAUUCAGCCUGGUAUGUAAGAUAUAUGAGAACAUUAAUAUAGCUUUUACAAAAAAAUACAGUUUUCUUUUAUGGUUAAAACAUUUACUUUACAUGAAACAUUUGUGUUUUAACGUGAUAGAUGUAGAUUAGAGGGACUGAGAGAAAAAUGUAUUGCUUAUGAUGGAAAAGGCAUCACAGAUACAUUGAUUACCGUCUGACAUUCAUAUAAAAAAAAUCCUAAAUGUUUAUGACAUUAUUAGCAGGAAAAUAGAACCAGAAAGGCUGAUACGUCAAAGUGUGUUGCCCCAGAAACAAGUUUAAAAAAUCCCAAAAUUGUAAUCAAGCAACUAAGUUGGAAAAUAUUUAGCAGAGUGAAACAUUACCAGAUGAGGUUGGACUUUUAUUGUGGAUGUUGAAACAUUUGUCCCAUUUCUAUCUAUUUCUUCAGCUGAAUCCUGCCAGUAGAUGAUGAACAUGCUCAGUUAACACCAUAUUUACGCUCUGCUAAAUGAAGGAGACCUCUUGAUGAGCUCUUGGGUGACUUUCUUUGCUAGCAUUUGCACUAGGAUGUUUUACUCAUAGCUUUUGUGGCAUCUGCAAACCACCUUUUUACUUUUGCCAUAUGAACAUCAUGGUGAAAAACAACACAUGAACAGUUUUUUAGAACCUCCCACUGGUGAUACGAGCCCAAUCUAAAAUGAAAUUCCUGAAUAUGAUUGUUUUGGACUUACCUUUCUUUGUUUUACUUUGGUUUCUUAUUCAGGUUGAACAUGGUGCAGAGGUUAAGAAUGUACAAUAAGAGUAUAUUAUGUUUUUUCUUUUUCUUAAAUGCAUGUUAUGUAAUCAAUGUGGAGCCCAAUCACUGUAAACUGCAUCAUCAAUGUAACUGAAUCACUCUUUUGGAAAACUAAAUGCAAAGAAAUAAAAAAAAAAACAAGGUUUGUAAAAAUCUUA